AUGUGUGUGAAUAGUGUGGAUUUGUCUUUUGUGAAUCUCCUUGGCUAUAAAAGGAGACCUCUUGUAAUAUUUCAAGUCAUAAGCAAUAAGAAUAAAAACCAUCUUGUGUGCUUAAGAACAAAAUGUUCUAACUCUCUUUUCUUUCUCCCUAAAAGCUUUAGUUAUUGUAUUCAUGUCAUAAUUCCCCAUAUAGAUGCAAGUAUGCUCUACACCUGCCUCAACACGAGGAUCUUGUGUAUCAGAAAACAUCUGACCAUCGAUCCAUACUACGGUCCUCACUAUUAUGGAAUGUCAGUUUUAAUUGUUAGUCUAUGUUAUGCCUAUGGUUGGCUGUUUAAUGACGAUACAGUUAAGACUGGUUUCAUAGUAUGUGAGGCUCCCGGACAGUGUGGUAUAAGAGCCUCGACAGAAAGAAGGGGUGCAUAUGGCAUGAAUAUAAUAAAUAUAGUAAGUAAGGGGGAAAAAUAUUUAACCAUGGCACUAUCACAACAAAACACUCAUCCUAUUACCACCACCUCUUCCCUAUCACUUCCUAAACUCUGUAAAAAGACCGAUACCCAUAAAAUAGAAAACCUUGUUGGGUAUUCUUAUGUUCCAGAAGAUGCUCAAAUUUCCGAAACAGUACCUCCCCUUUUAAGCCCUUAUAAUAUCUUCAAAAAACAAAGAACAAUUACCAGAUCCAUCAGAAACCUAAUCUCUACCAAUCGCCCUCAGAUGAAAGAAUACGUCCAGUCAUCUCGACUAGACCAAUGUAGUUUGAGAGCAACAAACCAAGAGCAGUAUGUGGAUUUAGAGAUUCCUCAGAGUCUCAUAAAUCACUGGAAAUCUGAAGGAUACACAGCUUUACAUUUUGGAGCAGUUAGACUCAUCCUCUCUCUCCAUGGAAGGAAAAAUCAGCCUGUCUUCUGCAAAAUAGCUCUCCUGGAUUCGAGCUAUCUCCAUUAUGAAAAUGUUGUCAUAGGGACUGUUCUGACCUCACUUCAUGCGGGAAGCGUUGUUCUUACUGUUUUUCCAAAUUAUAAUGUAAGCCUCAACGACAGCACCCUAUCUACAAGACUAAAGGUCCAAGUCCAAAUCACUGGAUCUGACCAAGUUCCAGAGGCCAUGUCUGCUACUCUCCAUCACCAAAUAAUCUAUCGUCUACAAAAUCAUUCGAUAGAUUUGCCUCUCACGGGAUGUUCUUCUGAUUCUCUGUUAGUAGUUACUAAUAGAGAAGAAGAUAUACCCUCUAUUGUUCAGAUUCCAAGAAAGAUCACGAGGGAAGAACUAACUCAGUUAGUUCCUCUUGAGUGGAUAACAAACUAUGAAAAAAUCCAUCAAGAUAGAAGACAAAUACAAUCUCAAGAGGCCACCUUUAGAAGAUCUGUUGACAAAACGGUCAAAACAAUUUUCAAAAAAACAGAUGAAGGACCGAGUUCAAUUCCUCCUAUUUUCCAGACCAUGAUGAUCCGACCGAUUCUCAAAGAAGAUUGGUGCCCAAUUCAUGCUGUAACUAGUAAAGGAGAACCUAUCUACACUGACAAGAUAAAUGGUCAUUUUAUUUGGGACGUAGAUCCCAAUAAAUGUGAUCCAGGAUGUGAAUGUUGGAUGCAUGAUAAUGAUUAUGACAGAGAUAUUAUCCUUCCAAAAAGGAAAAACAACGGGGCGUGCAAACCAUCUCCCCCUCCACAAAGAAGAUAUGAUCCCGAUAACGGUCCAUGGGUAGGUAUCCAUGAUAAAAAGAAACCUCUUCCUAUUUAUGAGGAAGCUCUCAAGAUCCUCAGGAAAGAAAAACUGUUGCCACCAAAUGAUCCUACUCUGGUUACGUGGUCACCGUCAGACCACUGCAAAGUUUUGGACCCUCCAAAAAAUGUGGAGUUAAUCCCUUGCUUUAUGUACUCAACUACCGCACCAGAAUAUAGCCAACAAUUUCCCGCUCUAGAAAGGAAGAUGGACCCAAUCACUGGUAGAACAUCCAAACCCUUCAUUCAUCCUAAUGAAGUACAACCCGAUGGAAAACUCAAACCUUUAACUCAGGCUGAAGAAGUUCUAAACUGGCAAUCAGAAAACAUGAUUUCUCAAAAUGAUAUCCUCCAAAAUCUCGACAAAAAAGUGGACAAGAUUGCUGAGAGAAUAGACGAGACAGAUGAUUAUCUAAAGGUUCUAUCACAGAAAAUGCAGAAGCAUUACAGAAGCUUAAAGGCCCAGGUGUCUCAGCUGGAUCGUGAUUUGCGACAGAUGUUAGAAGAGAGAACUUUUGGCAAAAAUUUUGACCAAAAGGAAAGAGAAAUCAGAAACCUACAAGGCCAAGUAAAAGAAAUAGAUGAUUUCUUAAGAGCUUCACACGAAAGAAAGCCCAAGCCUGUUGAAAACCUUUUCCUUGACCCUCCUACUUUCCCUACAUAUUUCAAACGACCAGAAAGACCUUCUCCCUUCUUCCCUACCUAUGUUACUUCACCACCAGAUCAGAAUCUCAGGAUUUUCCUGAAACACCUCCUCCAAAAUUCCAAAAAAGAAGAAGAAAUUCCUGAUAAAGGUUUCCAAGCCAUGGCAAUCACUGGAAAUUGUGAAUUUCCCCAGAAAAGUUACUCUCUUGCUGAAUCAUCGGCACAAAAAGAAGACGAGUCCUCCUCGGAUGAUGAAAAAGACUCCUGUCAAGAAACGUCUAGUGAUGAAACACCAAGAUCCUUUUCAUCAGAAUCACAAUCUGAAGUAAACUACAUCCCAAGACUCUUCAUGGCAAAUAUAAAAGAGGAAGAUUCAUUUUUUGAAGAAUCUCCUGAAGAAACUCUAGUCCCUGAAAGGACUAAACCAAAUGGUGGUCCUUGGUUCACAUUUGAUGAUAUACCGCCUAGUCGUUGGAGAAAGAGACUACUUGAAUUCGGAGCAUGGCUUGAUACCCAAAUGAUGAAAACAAAUGCAGAUAGCUAUAAGGUCAUUGAAGAAUUUUGCUGUAGAAUGACAGGCACGAUGAAGGAAUGGUAUCACAAUCUUGGGGCUUUCAAACAAGAUGAGUUACACCGUUUAGAAAGCACAGCCAAUAUCCUUGGUGUACUCCACCAGGAGUUUAUCGGAGAUAUGGAUAUGUUCGAUAGAAAAAAUAGGCAGGAAUUCUUUGAGAUGAAGUGUUGUUCCCUAAAAACAAAAGACCUCGACAAACACUAUCACAGGAUGGCACAAAGGUUUUAUCUCCUCAAUGGGUACAACGAUCCUAGUCUCAAGAAUACUUAUGUAUCAUCUCUACCACAUGAACUCCAGCAAGAAAUCCAUAGGAUGGUAGCAACAGCUAAAAAGGAUAUUGCAACAAUGAGUCUUGGCCAGAUUCAUCAGGCGACGUUGGAAGCACUUGAAAAGCUUUGUAGUUUUCAUCAUCAAUUUCAAGAAGUUAUACAGCAAAAGUCAAAGUUCACCAAGGCCUGCAAAAAACCUUAUCUGGAGAUUAAGUGUAAAGACAAAAAGUGCAGUUGUGAAACAAAAAACAAACAUCAUCAUCAAAAAUACUCCAAAUCUCAUAAGAACUUUAAAGGAAAGAAAAAGAAGACCAUGAAGUUCUUUAAAAGAAAAUCUUUCAGAGGAAAGGGGAAAAACCGGAGAUGCUUUAUUUGUGGGAAAAAGGGGCACUUUUCCAAGGAAUGUCCUAAUAAUACCCACAAAGCCUCAAAACUGAUCAACUCUCUUCAAUCCUAUUACCACCACCUCUUCCCUAUCACUUCCUAA